AUGGAGAACAUAGCCGCUUUUCUUAAAGCAGCAGAAGUAAUUGGAGUACCACACCACGAGCUAUUCGAAACAGUGGACUUGUACGAGGAGAGCAAUCCAGCACAGGUGCUUAUAACUCUUAGAUCAUUGAGUAGGCAUGCUCAUUCAAAAAACCCAUCUGUACCAGUACUCGGCCCUAAAUUACAAUCUCCCUCCACAAAACGAAAGGACUUUAAUCCCGUGAAUAUACCGGCCUGGAAUACUCGUCAAUACGGUUCAUUAGAGGGUGCGAGUCAAGGUACAGAAGGUGUGAUAUUUGGUGGUACAAGGAAUAUAAUUGCACAGCAGAGCAAACCUGCGCCACCUCCUCCAAAUAUUGUGGUUAAUCGAAAUGCUAACAGAUCCGAAACAACAAAAAUUGAAGUCAAGGUGCCUCCUAAGCCGGGUCCGAAGCCAGUUGGACUGUCGUUCAAGAGUGGUGGAGGUAGUAAUUCCAGACUAGGGACGGCUCCUCGUGGUCCUCGAGCUUUUGGGUCAAGUGCAUCAACACGGGCUUCGGUUUUUGGGGAAGACGAGGAAGAUACAACCGAUACUCCUGUUUCAUUUUCAGGUAAGCAUAGAACCGUGUCUUUUGAGGAACGCAAAAGGGUAAAUGCUGAACUGGCCGCUCAUGGAGCGAAACAACAGUCAGGCACAGACCCUGAAAGCUUGGAUCCAAGUACGUACGCGUAUGAUGAAGUGUACGAUACAAUACAGGCUCUAAGGCAACAAACAAAUGAGUCUGAGAAAGACAAAGGAGAAAGGAAGGUGAGUAGACUUCAGACUACGAGCUGA